UUUCAGCCAAUAGCCAUCUCCCGUACACGGAACUCCGAGAGAAGAGGGAAGUUCAGUUUGUUUACAUCGCGGGACGGCAAGCUCGUCUUCUUGUCUGAAGAUACAGAGAAUGAAUGAAUAUAGCUGACUUCUGCUCCACGAAGAAAGUAGUUUGAAGACUUUACGUCUUAUUGAAUGACUCUUUCUUAACUCCUAAGUAAAUUCAUUUCGACAAGAAUCCCAAUGUCUCAGCUUCAACCACAGAUCCAACUCCAAGAAACAGCAGAGACCUUGCUAAAUGGCCAGGAGAUGCAGUUCUGGCUGGACAAAGCGGUUGCUUGGGGCCAGGCUGAGCGUCCGGAUACUCAGAAAGACACCAGCCUGCACUUGAGAAGACUAAGUAGUUACCUCCAGCAACUGCUUACUCAUAUCAAUGACAUGAGUUCCACAACAGAAACUAUGAAGAGGCAGCCCUUACUAGGCCAGUUGCUUGGCCGACUGUGCUGGAACCCUUGUGUCACUGCUGAUGAUACAAGCAGAGGGCUGCUGUUCCAGUGUCUGUGGGGACUGUACUCUGAGAAUCCAAGCAAUGCUGUGGAAAGAAAAGCCAAUCAGUGGAUACGGAAAGUCUUGUGUCAGCUUGCUACAGAAGAAGACGAUGCUGCAGCCCAGGCAUUAAUGAAGCAUAUGGGUGUACCACCUAAAGAAUACCAUCUCAGAGUCCUGAGAAAGGUGGUGGCAUCGCUGCAGGAAAACAUUGGGAAGAGUUGCAGUUCUCUGGGCAACAUAAGUCAGAGGUGCUCAUGUGAUAACAUUCUGGCUACGUCAGAGGCUUGUGUCCCUCUGGUCACUUGUCCCGAGGCUGCUCCUCUCAUUGGUGCAUUGCUACAGCGUCCAGCGGCUUGUGUCAGAGCAACUCUUAGUGAAGAUUUCCUGGAUGCUCUGAGCUCUGCCUACUCAAGCCAGGGCUUGUCAUUGGAGGAGCAGGCAGUAGUCUCUCUGUGGUAUCACAGGCUGUCCAGCUUGGAGGAGGCAGUGCUCAGUCUGCUGGAGUCUGUUAUGACCAACAAAGGGUCAACAUCACAGAGGCUGGAGCAGCAAAUAACACAGUCACUGCUGCCAAAAGCCUGUGCUCAGCACUGCUCAAUAUUCUUGGUUGUAAAUGACAUCUUCAGGUCUGUCCUUAAGAAAGCUGAAGAAAACGAGCGUGUCAAGUCUCUUAUCCAAACUUUUACCAGCUGUUUCCUCAGGGAACUGGCACUGUUGCAGAAGUGUCUAUCUUUGAAGGCGUUCUUCCCACAGUCACCUCAGAGCCUGCUGGUUCCCCUGUUGACCCUGCCGUCAGAGUUGCCUCAGGAGGCUUGGAGACAUCACCUGAACUGGCUCAGCAGCUCAUUACAGAGACUGACAGAGGAGGGAGAGGAGAGAGACGAAGACAGCAGCCGUAGCACCAGGGGGCACCACAGAGUGUUUGAGACCUGGUUCCUACUGGUUCAGUGUGCCCACUGGGUGAGGGUGACUCUCCAGCUGCUGGGGACAUCAGGGCCUGAAGACUGUGGCCCUCUCCUGUGGCUGCUGACCUUCUACCACCAUCCCACCAACAGGGGGCACCAAAGAGCUCUACAGAUGGUACAUGCCAAAGAAGCUUGGGGCCACCUACACUGCCUAUUCUCUGUCUCAGCUCGUCCGCUUUCUCCUGACCACCUGCAGUCAUUGGUCACUCUGCUGUCACCUCAACCCAAGCAACCAUCACUGUCUCCACUAUUGAUCCUCAGCCUCUUAGUCAACUUUGCUGUUUUCUCCAAACAGUCAUUAAGUGGAUCAACACAGAUUUUACAGACGGUGGUGGAUCGGUCUGGUCUAGUUGAUGAAGCAGCGUGUGUUCUCAGCUCACUGGAGCUCAGACUAAAUGAAGGAAGCUGCUUAUCAAGCGACGCUAACCGAGUUCAUCUGAGGAUCGAGGCACUUAAAAACACACUAACACAUAUGCAUGCAGCAAUGGAGCCCUGCUGAGAACCAAGCAUACACACUCUCGUGCUCUAAUACAGGUGAGAGCGCGUACCCACAUGCACAGACACACAUACAGGCACACCCACGCAUUAACACAAAUAACCAACAGCAGUGAGUUCAUCCUCGACUCAGGGUUUUUUGAGGGCACGUUUGCAGAAUGACAAAUAGCCACACUCCUGUGUAGAUAUGCUCAGUACAAUGACAGGAGUGUGUCAAAACAGCACAGCGAGGACAGAUUAUGUGGAGAGGCAACAAUUAUAUGCACACAGAAUCAGACACACACACACACACACACACACACAACUACAAGGCCCACAAGGACACUUGAGGAGUGACAGAUCACACUGCAAAGAAGCAGCAGCGCGUACAACGUGUCAGAGUCCUCCCACUCAUAUAAUUGUCUCACAAAAUAAAUCCUUCACGCUACACAUGCUGACUGCACGACAUUUAGGUUUGAGGGAAAGGAAAACCACAUGCCAGUAAUCUUUGUAUAGUUACUCUUUGUGCUAAAAUAUGUUUAUACGAAAGACAUAUUUCAACAGUACCGAGUAUAUGAUGAAAUGUGAAUAAUGAAAUGUAAUGUCACUCAUUUCUGUAUGUACUCUGUACUCUGUUGUUCUCAUUGUUUAAAGAUCGUCUCUACUGGAGUGUUACAUUUGAGAAUACCCUGCUUAUGCUUCCACAUAACUGCUUCAUUACAAUGUUAACAUUGUACAAAAGCAUCAAACAGUUAAUUGAUUAUAAUUCUUUUGAUGGAUUGAUGAAUUGUCUAAUUGUUGCAGAUCUAAAACCACUGAUGGAGUUGUGCAGAAAUACAAACAGAACAUAGAUUUACACUU